AUGACUGAAAUGGCACCCCAACGAGCACCAGCUACUGCAUUUACAGUGAAUUUUGAUUCACCAUCUGAGGAAGUGUCACUACAAGAUGCAGCUAGAAAAUCUGCACAGGCUCGUCGCAUUUUGAAUCGUCGUUCGGGUGCUCAUCGUGCUGGAGCUGCUGAACUUCCACCAUCAAAUCCCAGCAAUAAACGAUAUUUGAUUAAUAAAUUGCUUCAGGGAGAAGAGCAAAAUGCUGAAGAAGCAGGAGGUGUUGAAGGCAGUGAGGUCGAGGAACGUAAGGAAGCUGAUGUAGCCAGUGAGACGGGAACCUACGUCGUAGGUAAGCUGAUAUUAUCCUUACUUUUGGAUAUUUUAGAUCACUUCUCGGUUUAACC